AGAAAAUGGGGAUUGCUCAAUAUCUACCGAGUCAGUUUGAUCGCAUGGUUCCCCUCCCUCAUUUGCUUCCCCAUCUUGAACUGGAUGGCGAGGAGAGGAAUGGAGGGGUCCGUCUCUUGGUACUCGAUGUUGCUCGUACUCUGGAUCAUCUGGUCCGUUACGGCCGCAAGCUUUGUCUUGUUGUCCAGCCUUUCGCCGAGUGCCAGUGCGGUAGCCACCGUGCAAGGUUUGCUAUCCGUCUCUACAAUCGCUCCACAAGCCCUUGCACCAGCAUUGGCUACCUCUACAUUUGCAAUUUGCAUCAGACAUCCCGAGAUUCUGUACGGGAACGUGUUCUGGGUGGCCAUCAUGAUCUUUAGCUUGGUCGCAUUCGCUCAUUCGUUGACUUUACGAGAGUCGACAUAUGACUGGCGAGCCGAGAUCGAAGAGGAGAACGAUGGACAUGCCACAGCAUAG